AUGGACCGAUCAACAAGCAGAAUCUGGCAGUUGGGUGAACUCUUAUGGAGCCUUUCUGGUCGGCUGGAUGGCAGUGCCCAGCAGGCUGAGUGGCCGUUCCUACGCGACAUCCUGUUGUGGCUCUAUGAGAAGUUCCCCACCCGCAGAGCUCAGCUUCGAGGUGUCAUUGGCAGGCAGAGGGAGCGGCAUGGGGGAGGGAAGCCCCUAAAGUCUGCUGGCCGCUUUGUGCACAAGUCAGCGCCCUUGGCACCACUACUGCAGGUCUUGGGGCCAAUCAUUAGAGGCUUCCAGACGCCCUUGGGGGAGGCACAAAGACGACUCCUCACCGACACCCUCUUACCACUGCACAAGCCCAACGAUUGGCUUCUCUGGGACAGGCAAACGCCCCUGAUCUCCAUGUAUCACAAGGAGCUGGUGCACUGCAUGCUGUUGGUUUUAGAGAAGGAACCCAGGCUCAGUGGCAGGUCGGUGGAGGCUCUUUGUGGCUAUCUUCCACAGUCUCACGAGUCGAAUACUCCCAAAGAGGUCCUGGUGAUUCACGAGCUGGCUGAAAUCAUGAAGGUCAUGCAGCCGGAAGACCUCAAGGGUUGCAUGCAGGGGAGCCAAGAACGAGUGGACAAUGCACAUCAAAGGCACAUGGUCCGUCUCUUCACCUCCCAGAAUGCCCAGACCUUACAGUCGGUGCUGCAGCUCUGGAAGGACGGAGAAGACCUGGUGGAAGGAUGUUGA